UGUUCAUCGGAGCUGGCCGGAUCACGUGACCGCACCGUUUUUCCAGCCAAUUAGCAGGACUCCAGACCUCUUAUCACAGUUCUCCGCCAAGGCGUUUACCAAACGGCAUUGCUCGAUCGCCGGACUCCCGCCCAGCAGCUACCGAGUAGCCACUGGCCCCGAGGACAUCGUGACAGCGCUACGGCGAAUAACGAUGCUCGUCGGCCGCUCCCACAGUCCCAUCGCCCACGAUGCACCCUGGGCGCUGUCUGGACCAUCCCCAGGCCCUGGCGGAGCUCCCGCGGGAUGCAGAGAGCGGGUUUAGCUGCGAAGAUUGUGUGUUGCGAGUCCUCGGCCGUGAUGAAUCUACUUCUCAUCCUCCAGUAUUAAAGCCUGAGGGAGUGCAGCCGGAAUCAGUCUUCCCAUCCAGCCAGCAUCCUCCAAUUGCCAGAGCUUAUUUCCGCCUCCUACGACUUUGGAGCGUCAGACUCCGCAGCGGUACCACAUAUCGCGCCAGAACAGGGAAUCUCAAGAUCGGUUCCAGCACACACGAUCCAGUUCCGCUCCUCCUCGCAACAGUUAUUGGACAUCGCAGCUAUCGAAGCUCUGAUAGCUAUCAAGAUCUACCGCCAAUCUUCUGUAUCUUUGCACCAUACCAAAUACAGCGCCUCGGUGUCCACGAUAAGCGAGAGUGCAUGAAGCUCUGAACGACCAUAAAGGUUCCACCAAACCCUCAAAAGUGAUCAACCAACCUACCGAGCACAUUCCCUGCCGCUGCCAUGGACGACUCACCAGAUCGAAUU